AAAAAACACGGCCGUCUUUCUUCGUCGCGAGCAGCCGCGACGUGAGAUGCCCCGGGCGCCAUGGCCAACCCCUCGCUCCGUCCGGCAGGCCACGGAGCUCCACGCCCUCCUCACCGCUUCCGGCCGCCUCCUCCACCAGCCCUCCGCCGCGCACCUCCUCAACUCCCUCGCCAGCUGCACUUCCCCCGGCGACCCGCUCCACCUCCGCUACGCGCUCAGCCUGUUCGACCGAAUGCCCUGCUCCACCUUCCUCUUCGACACCGCGCUCCGCGCCUGCUUCCGCGCCUCCUCGGGACCCGUGCACCCAAUCCUCCUCUACCGGCGGAUGCGCCGCGGGGGCGUGCCCCCGGACGCCUUCACGUUCCACUUCCUCUUCAAGUGCUGCGCCCGCGGCGGCGCGCACGUCCUCCUGUGCCGGAUGCUGCACGCCGCGUGCUUCCGUACCAUGCUCCCCUCCGCCGUGCCGCUCAUUGCGAGCCCUCUCAUCCAUAUGUACGCUGAGCUUGGGCUCCCGGGCGAUGCCCGCUGGGCUUUCGACGAGGCUUCCGUGAAGGACGCGGUUGCUUGGACGACGGUCAUCAGUGGGCUGGCCAAGACGGGGCUGCUCGAUGAUGCGCGGCGCCUUCUGGCGCGGGCUCCGGCGAGGAACGUGGUCGCUUGGACUGGUUUGAUUUCAGGCUACUCGCGUGCUGGUCGGGCCGCUGAGGCUGUGGAUUGCUUCAACCGCAUGCUUUCUGAUGGCAUUGCACCAGAUGAGGUUACCGUGAUUGGCGUGCUCUCGGCAUGUGCUCAGCUGAAGGAUUUGGAUUUUGGAUGCUCACUGCACAUGCUGGUUGGGGACAAGAGGAUGUUGAUGAGUAACAAACUUGUAGUUGCGCUCAUCGACAUGUAUGCCAAGUGUGGUGACAUUGGCCGUGCAAGGGAGGUUUUUGAUGCUUUAGGUAGGGGCCGAGGACCCCAGCCAUGGAAUGCUAUGAUUGAUGGAUACUGCAAGGUAGGCCAUGUUGACAUUGCACGCUCUCUGUUUGAUCAGAUGGAGGACCAUGACAUCAUCACAUUUAACUCGUUGAUCACUGGGUACAUCCAUGGUGGCCGGCUUAGAGAAGCGCUACUUCUUUUCACGAAGAUGAGGAGACAUGGUUUGCGUGCUGAUAAUUUUACCUUGGUGGGCCUUCUAACUGCUUCAGCAAGUUUAGGUGCAUUGCCACAGGGCAGGGCCUUGCACGCUUGCAUUGAGCAGAGGCUGGUGGAAAGAGAUGUUUACCUCGGUACUGCACUCUUGGACAUGUACAUGAAGUGUGGGAGGGUGGAAGAGGCGACUGUUGCUUUCAAACAGAUGAGUGUGAGAGAUGUUCACACUUGGAGCGCCAUGAUUGGAGGUCUCGCAUUCAAUGGGAUGGGUAUGGCUGCUCUGGAGCACUUCUUCUGGAUGAAGUGUGAUGGCUUUCAUGCCAAUUCAGUUACAUACAUUGCUGUUCUGACUGCAUGUAGUCAUUCAUGCCUACUGGAUGAAGGCCGUCUGUAUUUCGACGAGAUGAGAUUGGUGCACAAUAUACGCCCCCAAAUUGAGCACUAUGGCUGCAUGAUAGAUUUGCUGGGUCGCAGUGGACUUCUGGAUGAAGCUAUGGAUCUUGUGCGGUCCAUGCCAAUGCAGCCAAAUGCUGUGAUAUGGGGCUCCAUCUUGAGUGCUUGUAGAGUCCACAAGAACGUCGAUCUAGCUCGAAAUGCUGCAGAUCAUCUUCUGAAGCUAGAGCCAGCUGAGGAUGCUGUCUAUGUCCAGAUGUACAACAUUUACAUUGAUUCUAGACAAUGGGAAGAUGCAUCAAAAAUAAGGAGAUUGAUGGAAGAAAGGGGUGUGAAGAAGACUGCAGGUUACAGCUCGAUUGCCGUGGCUGGGCAGGUGCAUAAGUUUAUAGUUGGUGACCGAUCGCAUCCACGCAUAAUGGAGAUUAUUGUAACGUUGGACGAGAUUAGACGCAGGUUAAAGUCAGUAGGAUAUUCACCUAUCACGUCGCAGAUAACAGUGGAUGUCGAUGAGGAAGAGAAAGAACAGGCACUUUUAGCACACAGUGAGAAAUUGGCCAUUGCAUUUGGCCUCAUUAGUCUAGCACCAAACCUGCCUGUUCAUAUCAUAAAGAAUCUCCGGGUCUGCGAGGACUGCCACUCUGCAAUCAAGUUGAUCUCAAGGCUUUGGAACCGGGAAAUCAUUGUGAGAGACCGGAGUCGGUUCCAUCACUUCAGGGGCGGAGCAUGUUCUUGCAAUGAUUUUUGGUGAUUAACGUUUUGUAAGGCGCUGGUCCUGGUGUAAAGCUUGAAGGAUGAGGAAACACUAGACAUAAUACUAUUUCAUCUUCAGAGUAGCUUUCAAGCCGUGGCCAAAGGAAAAGAAGGUCAGUUGUGUCAAACUGAUGAAUACCAGUUGGCUCACUGGAAAUGAGCUCCUCUUCACACGGUAACAUUCAUCACACACAUAGUCCAGGUGGAGAUCGAACUGAUGGAAGUGAAUGUUAUCCAUGUUCUUCUCGUGUAAUCUGUAUGGCUGCCCUUGUUUCCUAAUCUGCAGUUCUGUCACUUGUUGCCAUGUUAAUGAAGAGGCCAGCCCGGUGACUCCCAAGGGGUAAAAAAUGUAGACAAAGGAGGUGGCGCAUCCACGGCACCCUGCAGCCAUGAUUCCAUGCUCGACGCUCGGUGAGGCAAAGUGGAAUUCCUACGGCUUCCUUUCUCCCAAGGUCUGGAAUUCACUUUUAUGGAGCUAUGAAGCACAUGAUGAAAAUGUGCUGGGAAAGAGAGCUGCAAACAUGCUGAUAGAUGGUGGGAGAAGGAGAGUG